AUGGGGAUGCUGGUUCCGCUGCCUGGAUCUGAUCCGGUCCGGAGACUCCAGCGCUCAGAGCCACUCCUGCGGCCUGCGUCGUCCUCCUCGCCUCCUCAGAGUCGAACAGAGAGGCUGUCAUGUGGAGGGAGUGAAGCCUCUGCUGCUUUAGCCAAAUCCUACGACUCUCGAGAGCAGCAGGUGGCCUCCUGGGCUCUGCUGCACCUCACACACUCAGAUUGGUCCAGGAGGCUGCUGGGUGAUGCGGGGGGGUUCCCGGUUCUGGUUCUGCUGCUGCAGGGCUCAGACUCAGAGGUCCAGUUCUACAGCUGCUCCGCCCUCUGCAACAUCUCUUCUGCUCGGGAGCUCCACCGGAAGCUGCUGAGCAUCGGGAGUCACUUCCUGUUGAAGUCCCUGCUGACGCUCGCCUCCUCCUCCGUGCAAAAGAAGUCGAUGCAGGCGUGCAGAUGCCUUCAGACUCUCUCACAGAAUGAUCUGAUCCAGGAGCAGCUGAUGGAGCUGGACUGUGUGUUGCCUCUGCAGUCCCUGCUGAAGACAUCCUCUGCUGAGUGGAGAGAGUCGGCCGUCACACUGCUCUCUGCGCUGACUUCACACACACCGAACCAAGCCGUCCUGGUGAGCGAGGGUCUGCUGGAGGAAGUGGGUCAGCUGCUUCUUCAUCCCACAUGCAGCUCCGUCAUCAUCACACACAGCUGCAGGAUCAUCACUGACCUGAGCAGCUGCAGCGAGGGUCAGCAGGCUGUGAUGGAGGCUCGCUGUUUGUCAGGACUCCUCGGCGCUCUUCUGUCUCCGUCUCUGACUGAUGACACUUUAAUACAUCUGACGUCAUGCUUGCAAAACCUCAUGACACAACAUCCACUUCAGUCUGAGUUGUCGGUCAUGAUAACAUCAGAGCACGUUUCCAGACUUGUGAAGUUAUCGGGACGAUCACAAAACCCUCAGUUAUCGUACAACAGUGCGGCCGUCAUCGGCAGACUGGAAAUGACAGGAGAGACGCUCCAGCUGCUGAAGCCUCACUACGUCGCCAUGUUGGAGUACCUGUCGGUGCUUCUCCAAAAUAAAGAUUUAAAGUUCCAGCAGCUUGGCUUAGUGACGAUAUCCAACCUCAAGACAGAUGGAGACUUCUCCUCUCUGUUGUCUGGCGGCGAGGUGGAGGAUCAGCUCCGGACGGUUCAUGAUCAGACGGAGGAAACCAGACGGCUGCUGCAGACGAUCCAGCCUCUCGCUCCAUCUCCUGUUCACCCUUUACAGCCUCCACACCAGUGGUUGCGUUAGACUUUUUCGUUGUUCGUCAUUUUGACGGACAGGAUCGUAACAUUUCCGUCAUAAUCCAUUAUUACCCGUCAUUUUAUUUUUCAUGUUUUAAUGAUGAGAUGAGACAUAUUUAAUAUGUUUGGGUACUGAGCAGCAAAUGCUCAUUCAUUCAUGUUUUAAUGAUUCAUACAGAACUUCUAAGGGCAUGGAGAAACAAAAAGAUGAACAGAGACACCGACCGUGUGGUCACUUUUCAUGUCAACACGAACAUGAAUGAUUUAUUUGUUCCUGCACUGACAGACAGCAGAGGGGGCAGAGGCCGCUAAAAACACCGCCACCAUUGUGCCUAAACAGGCAAAUACGAACAAUGCCAUCGUUUGAAAUGAGACAAUUACAAUCAGAAUAUGAACAAAACAUUUACAAGAACAACUCAAUUGACCUGCUGUAGCCUGGACGCUGAUUUCUGCAUCGCCGUGCACCCUCGGACAAAUCCGUUACUCA